CACUACUAUUUUCCCUUUCCCUCCUUGGCUCAAGCCCUGGACAUCAACAGGGAGUGGUUGCUGCUCUUCAAAACCACCCAUGCCAGAGCCUGACUCUCAUAAGCCACACCAAGAUGGCGCAGGUUGCAGCAGAGAUGAGGAGCAACAACCUUACCCUUAUUUUGGCAGACAUCUAACCGCUGACUGGAAUACUGCAGAAUAUUUCAAGCACAGCAGCUGAGCGGUGGUUUGGCUCUGCACAAGGGUUAUAGACACCCUCUGACCCUUUCUCUCUCCAGCAUUUCAUGACAGAGCUGAUUAGACUCACUUGAGAGUCUUUUGUUAUGGAUCACUAGAGCUGAGAUCAUUGAUAAGCAGCUGAAACAAGAAGAAAGAGCCAGUGCUCUGUGACCAGCUAGCUCUCUGCUGAGCCUCACCGAGCAGCCUGCAGACCACCCUCUGAGAUCCUCUGAGCUACACAAUUUUACCACGUGCCAGCCGAUACUGAUUGCAGCCAGAAGAUACAAGAAAGCAAUGUGCUCCACUUGCUACCUGAAUCAAUCAGAGAAUGGAGGAGAAACAGCUAAGGCACUUACUAACCCUCCAGGUUCACAGACAAAAAACAGACCAGAUGAAUCUCACUUCUGGCUUUGCCAUAUCCUCUGGAAAUAUAGAUUAGUCACGGUCCUGUUUCUAGUUUUUCUCAUUAUUGAUAUUAUUGUUUUGGCAGUGGUUAGCAGAAGGCCCUGCCCAAAUCAUGCUGCUGCCACAUGUCCAGUCGAUUGGAUUGGGUCCCAAGGCAGAACAUACCCAUGGAAAUGCUACUACUUCUCCCAGGUCGAUGGGGACUGGAACUCCAGCCAGAGAAACUGCUCUUUGCUCGGUGCCUCCCUGGCUACAGUUGACACCUGGGAGGAAAAGGAGUUCAUGCUGCACUAUAAGGGACGCUCAGAAACCUGGAUUGGCCUUACCAGGGAAGAAGAAGACAAGCCCUGGAAAUGGGUAAAUGGCACCCCAUUCAAGGACCAGUUUCCAAUAAGGGGAGGAGGUGAAUGCGCGUAUCUGAAUGACGACAAAGGUAUCAGCAGCUCAAGAUGCAGCACAGGGAGACGCUGGGUCUGCAGCAGGCCAGACUGAUGCACAAAGCCAAGGCAAAAGGCAAUGCGAGGCCUUCGGAAUGAGGGAGAGUGAUUAGUCGUCACUUUGCUUUCUGAACUGGAGAUAUUGACCCUUGUCGACUCACUGAGGACUGGUCCAAACCUGUGUUUCGAUGGAAAAUUGGGCUGGGAAAUGUAGUUCUCAUAGAUUCUGAGGCCAGAAGGGACCACUGUGAUCCCCUCUCCUAGAUGGGAGACUGCGGUGCAUUGUGGGAGACGUAGUCUGACCAAGACGCCUGGCAUGUAGAGGAGAAUGGGAGCAUGAGGAAACAGAACUACAUCUCCCGUGAGGUACCACAGCAGCAUUUCCAAAUCAAAGUAUUUCAAUUUGGAUAAAAAAAUUGAAGUUUUCUACACAAAACCCCUCCCCUAUAUUCUGACCAGCUCUGGUCUCAACUAAUGUGCCAAAGUGUCAGCAUUAGGGCCUUCACUAACGUAAACGUUAUUUUUCUGAAUAUUAAUAUAUUUUUCCAUAUGACCAGCUACCAAAACCAUUAAAGAAAACACUAUGUUCUUCCCUUCCUCCUGAAGCAAUACCUCUUCUACCAGCUUCUCAAGCUGGAUGUUGCAAACAAGCUGUUCCCAAAGGACUGUAAUCACGCUGCUUUUCCUGUAGUGUGAAAUGAGAAGACGGUCUUGCUGUGGAAAAGGUUGAGAUCCCUUGAUCUACCCACUGCACAAACAAUUCACGAACAGGCAUUCUCAUGUUAGUCAAUAAAAAAAGUGGGAGAGACACUCUGCGUAUUGGACCUUAUUCGCUAAGAUGUGAGAGGUAGCUGUGGUUAGGUGACUAAUAAAGCAAUAAGCCAACGAAGGGUAUGCAGUGAUAGGCUACUGGAUUGUCCUGUGGCCCCAUCCUCCGUUAUUAUUAUCAUGAGUCAUUGUGUAUUAUGGCUGUGCAUAGAGGCCCCACCUGACAUCAGGACCCCGCUGUGCCAGGGGCUGCACAGACACAUAGGGAGAGACAGUCCCUGCCCCAGCUGCGAUCAGAGACCCGUUGUGCUGGGUGCUACACAGAUGCACAGCGAGAGACAAGCCCUGCC